GAGCUGCACAGCCUCGUCGCCGCGUCGCUCCUGUCCCGCCGCAGCAGCCGCCACCGCCUCCCCCGGGCGGGCCGUACAAUCCUCGGCAGUGUCCUGAGACUGUACGCCCGCCUCGGGGGCGACCCGGCCGAACCGGACCCCUCUCUUCGCCCGCGGAGCCCCGCGUCCCGCGGGCAGGUGCUGAGCGCGCCCCGGCCCGAGAGGCGGCGCAGGAGCCGGCAGCAGCCGCCGCGAUGACAGCUGACAAGGAGAAGAAAAGGAGCAGUUCUGAACGGAGGAAGGAGAAAUCAAGAGAUGCAGCAAGAUGCAGAAGAAGCAAAGAGACCGAGGUUUUCUAUGAACUGGCACAUGAGCUGCCCCUGCCCCACAACAUCAGUUCCCACCUGGACAAGGCAUCCAUAAUGCGCCUGGCAAUCAGUUUCCUACGGACUCAUAAGCUUUUGUCUUCAGUAUGUGCUGAUAAUGAAAAUGAACUAGAGGCAGACCAGCAGAUGGACAACUUGUACCUGAAAGCUUUGGAGGGAUUUAUUGCCGUGGUGACACAGGAUGGAGACAUGAUCUUUUUGUCAGAGAAUGUCAACAAAUAUAUGGGUCUUACCCAGGUGGAACUCACUGGACACAGCAUUUUUGACUUCACUCAUCCAUGUGACCAUGAAGAAAUUCGAGAGAAUCUGAGUCUGAAAAAUGGUCCAGGCUUUGGAAAGAAAAGCAAAGAGAUGUCAACUGAGCGUGACUUCUUCAUGAGGAUGAAAUGCACUGUUACCAACAGAGGCAGAACUGUUAACCUCAAGUCUGCCACAUGGAAGGUUUUGCACUGCACUGGACAGGUUAAAGUGUAUAACACUUGCCCUCCUCACACUCUGUGUGGGUAUAAGGAGCCUCUUCUCACCUGCCUUAUAAUAAUGUGCGAGCCUAUUCAGCACCCUUCAAACAUCGAUAUACCCCUGGACAGCAAAACCUUCCUGAGUCGCCAUAGCAUGGACAUGAAAUUCACCUACUGUGAUGACAGAAUAACAGAGUUGAUUGGAUACCAUCCAGAGGAGCUGCUGGGUCGUUCAGCAUAUGAGUACUACCAUGCCUUGGACUCAGAGAGUAUGACCAAGAGUCAUCAGAACUUGUGCACAAAAGGUCAAGUAGUGACGGGCCAGUACCGUAUGCUUGCCAAGCACGGGGGAUACGUAUGGCUGGAGACCCAAGGAACGGUGAUUUACAACACCCGAAACCUGCAGCCCCAGUGCAUCGUCUGCGUCAACUACGUGCUGAGUGAAAUUGAGAAGAACGAUGUUGUGUUCUCCAUGGACCAAACAGAAUCACUCUUCAAGCCUCACCUGCUGACAAUGAACACUGCCUAUGACAGCGGCAUCCCUGAGACAGAGAAGAGUGACUUCUUGUUUACUAAGCUAAAGGAAGAACCAGAGGAACUUGCUCAGCUGGCACCAACACCUGGUGAUGCCAUUAUUUCCCUGGAUUUUGGAACACAGAAGUUUGAGGAAGCCCCUGCCUUCACCAAUGCUGUUUUGACACCAAACAAGUCAUGGCCAGUGGAAGUGAAAAGCCACCCUGCUCAAGGUGAAACACGGAUGAUACCGUCCUUUACAAUGCCUCAGAUUGCACCUGGCAGCAGUACUCCAAGUGCAAGCAGCAACAGUAGCUGUUCCACGCCCAGCAGCCCAGGAGAUUAUUACAGUUCUGUGGAUGAAGAUCUUAAGAUUGAGGUGAUUGAAAAGCUUUUUGCCAUGGACACAGAAUCAAAAAGUCAGUGCACCUCCCAGACUGACUUUAACGAACUGGACCUUGAAACCUUGGCUCCUUACAUUCCUAUGGAUGGAGAAGAUUUCCAGCUCAGCCCCAUCUGCCAAGAAGAAAGUCCUCUCUCUGAAAGUGCACAAAAUACCCAGCAGAGUCUAAGUAGCAUGAGUACCAUCUUCCAGCCCCUCGCUCCUACUUCACAGAAUCAGUUCCUCCCAGAGAAAUAUUGCCCACAGCUAUCAACUGAAAAAAUUAACUCUGGUCAUGGCUCCUUACCAUCGGUGUUCUUCAACAACAUGAGUAGGUCAUCACUGCCACCAUACCAUGACCAAGCCAGCACUCCCCUGUCUUCGAUGGGAGGAAGACCAAACACCCAAUGGCCACCUGAUCCCCCAUUAGAAUAUGUUCCUGGCAAAUGGAGACUCAUGGAUAAAUACUCAGGAUCCCUAUCCAGUUCCCCCUCGGGCCCACCAAUAACUUCUCAGAGGGUGCCUGUUUAUAAAAAAAGGCCCCUAGAUGCUUUUGGACAACGAGGCAUAGAUGUAAACCCAGCAAGACUUGCUCUGUCUAACAGUUUGAAACUGAAGCGACAACUGGAUUAUGAAGAACAAGCCUUGCAACAGCUGAGUGGGGGAGAUCCAUCUGUCAUUAACCCAUCUCAGUUAAUGUGGAAGAGAAUGAAAUUUCUCAAGGGGGAAAACUGUUCCUUGGUUACAGAAAAGAAGUCUCUCAGCACAAGUGUUCUUACUGAUGAAUUUUUCUGUAACUCAAGAGGUCUGAGCCAACCAAUGAAUCAACUGCAGCAGCAGCAGCAUCAACCCAGCUGUGACAGUCCGGGUGAGAAUUUGAAAGCAGGAGCGUUUCCCCCUCUGUUUUACAGUUCCCACUGUCAGGACUACAGUGCCCAGCCAGCUAAUAAGGCGUCAGGUCUGACCAGUCGCCUGCUGGGGCCCUCCUUUGAACCCUACCUGUUGCCUGAGCUGACACGAUAUGACUGUGAGGUGAACGUGCCCGUGCUGGGCAGCUCGACGCUGCUGCAGGGCAGCGAGCUGCUGCGAGCGCUGGACCAGGCGACCUGAGCGAUCCCGCAGUAUUCCGUGGCCUACACUGUUCAAAACAGCUUCCGUUUUUAAAUAUAUUUUUGCAAGUAGACAAUUUCUAAUACCAGUAAACUUCUACAGGAUUUUACUUAGAUAUUGAACCUGUCCACAUUACCAAAUAGUGGCCUUUUGAAGUUACUCACUUUAUUAUUCAUAUUAAAGAAAUUCAUCUACUGUAUCUUCUCUGUUGCAAUUAAAGUGGUGUUUAGAGAGUUUGAUUACCCUCCCCUUAUCUCAUUACCUGUAAUUUAUAUUCUGAAUUAUUUUUUUUUUUAAUUUCAUGCUAAUAAAAAGCUGUGGUAUAAAUGCCUCGUCAUGCGAUACUUUGGCUGCAGUACUGCAAAGAUAUAUUUUUAUUGCCAAAGAUGAAUGAAACAAAUUUGAUCUCCAACCACAGUUUUUUGUUGAUCUGCCAAAUUAAAAUCCUUUGAGUCUUUCUGGUUUCCAGCAUUUAUUUUAUUGUAACUUUAAUAACUUUUGGAAAAGCAUACUAAGGAAAAAAUCCCAGCCUUCUGCCUUCCAUCCCUUUCCUUCAUUUUUAUACACUUUGUCGAAAGAAAUGUGAAUGGUGAAAUGCAAUGCUUGUGGGUAUCUGUGAAAGUUGCACGUUUUAAGCUUUUUUCCUCAGAAGCAAGCCACAUUCUCAGCUGCCUUAACAUGGCUUAGCUCUACAGCUAAGGGAGUCCUACAGAUUUGCCCCAGUGGAGGAUUUAGGCCUGUGUUUUCGUUUGUGUUGAGGUUUCUUGUUUUGUUCUUUGUUGUUGCCUUUAUUUUUUACACAAAACAGAUUCUUUUUUAAUUAUCUCUCUCUGGGUCAGUUGUUAAUCAUCUCUUGGUACUUUUGCUAUAUCUAUGACACCACUACUUUAAGAGCUGUUUCUGCUAGAAACUUGUAGUAUUUGUUAUGAUGUUGCUGAUAUUUCAGGAAUCGGAGCAGUGGCCAGUACUAACACCUCUGAUUAAUGCUACCCUUCUUCAUUUUAUAUGCUAGCUAGCAAUAUCACUUCACUAUUGAAUCAACAAAUCUCAAAAUAGUAUUUCCCAGUGUAUUAGGCUAACUCAGUUAUAAUUAGACAAAAAAAAAUUAGGGAUUGCAUAGUGAGAUGAAUAGCCAGCAGGGAGUUCUCUCAUUUUCACUUGCCUUACAUUAAUCAGCAGAUAAAAAGCCAUUAAAAGGCAGCCAGAAAUUUUCAGAACUGCUUUCCAAUCAUUACUUGUCAUGCACAUAUUUGAAAUACAUGGCUUUGAAUGCUUUCAAAGGGUUUUGAAAGUUUAAAUUACAACUUCUCUAAACAGCAAAAAAUACUACAAUAAAAGGCAGGUGAGCAGUUCUGACUUUAAAAUACAUACAGACUUAGAUCUGUGCUGGGAUCUAUCUUGUUUCCUCCACUGGUAUAAAUCACUGUAGAUUCACAGAAGAAAAUGAAACAGUGGCAAAGUACUAAAGGUAAAAAUCUGGCCCAGAAACUUAGAACAAAAAUAUAUUUUUGAGACUUCUGAGUCUGCUGAAACCUGGUGUAUAAAAUUGCUUUAUAUCAUGCACUGACACUUGCAUAGAGAGAGCCUUGGGUUCAUAAAGCACUUCAGAGUUUGCUGUGUUAAGCGAGUCUUAACCACAUUUACUUAGAAAAGCUGAAGACCUUUUGUUAUGGGUACAUGAUGUAAAAAAUAUAUAUACUCCCUAUUGCAGGCAAUCUUUCCAGAGUUUAUUACCAAAAAAUAAUGUACCUGUAAAGCGAAGUUAUUACUUUGUGAAAAAAUUUAUUGUAAGCAUGAACAUCUAAUGAAAAUUGGCCAUCCAGACUUGACAAAUUUGCAGUGUCACAGACUUAAGGCUUCAAGGAUUAAAGACACUUGAAUACUGCUCUUCUGUUUCCUAUUUGUGUAGUUUCAGCAUUAAAAAUGUUAUAUCCUAACAGUUUACUAAAACACUCUGAAAAAAUAUUCCAUGUCUUAAUAUUAAUCAUACCUUUUAUCAUAAUUAUUUCAUAAUCUAUAUUGCUGAAUUCUUAUUGACAAUAUUAUAACUGUAUGGGAACUUUAACUUGAUAAGGAAAUGUAUUUUGACACUGAUACCUUAUUAAAGUAUACUGAUCCUAAAUUCUUUGUGACUCAUUUGCUAUGAAUUUGUUAUUUGUUAUAUCAUUGUAAAACAAAAGUAUUUAUUAAAUUAUUUAUAGAAAAUAAAGUUUGCAUUGAUCUUUGAAGACUGAAAGAACAAUCAAAUGCUACCCAUGUCUGAGAGCUGGGAAGGAGCCUGCCAAAGGUCCAUACUAUCAACUGCUUUCUAGAGUUCUCCUGUAUUUACUCAAAUGAAGAAUUAAUGCCCUUCUGGAA